AUGGAGCAGGCAGCCAUCAAGUUCGAUUGCAGCGAGUCUGACUAUCUUGUCCUACUGUCAGAGGGGAUCGAAUGUGUGGAGGACUGGUACUUCCGCUUCGACCGUGGUACACCCUGCUGGCGCCUACCGCAACGACAGCCAUGGCGCGUUGAGAAGGACACCUUGAUGGCUGAACAGGCCGCUCUGGCAAGAAGCGUGCUCCAGUUUGUGACUGGCGAAGAGCGAGAGUACUCUGAAGGAUUUUGUCAGGAGGAGCUGAGAAAACGGCGCGGAAAUUAUUUCAAUGUGGCGCCCAGCUUCGGCCUCGAGCAAGGAGUGGACGCAAACGGCGAGCCGAAAUUCCGCCGCAUCGACGACCACACAGCUGGAUCGUGUAAUGUGGCAGCCAGGGAACUUGCUGCCUUGCUCGGCUUUGAGUUCGACCCUGCCAAAGUCCAACAGCCUGGCAGUGUGCUGGAAGUACUUGGCGUCGUCUUCGACCUCAGCGCAGUAGCUGCAGACGGCAGUUUUGCGGUCAGACCGAAAGCCGGCCGAGUGCACGCGUUGCAGUGGUUGGUUCGGCAAUGUCUUACUCAAAAUGAACUGCGCCCUGCUGUCGCCGCAAGCAUCAGUGGCAAGUUUGGGUUCAUCUGUGGCACGCUCUUCGGCAAGGUGGGUAGGUUCGCCUCAGUGGGACUCCGCAAAAGGCAGCACGCGCAAGACAACAGGCUUGCCUUGGAUAAGGGGCUAACACUGUCCCUCAACCUUGUUCUGCAAAUGGUUGCCCAUUGUCCGCCACGCAGAGUCUUGUGUGGGCCGAAAUCACCACCUGUCAUCUUGUACACCGAUGCGUCAGAUGUGCCCGAAAGAGUGCCCCCAAUCCGAAUCUUGAUUCGUAUUGGGGGCAGUCAUCAUUGA